UGCAAGACAGACAGAGCGAUUUGAGAAACACAGAGAAUCUACAAGGUGGACACGGAUUAGAAGACAGAGAAAGCUUGGCUGUUUUUUGUGUGUUUUUUUUUUUUACUUCACACCGCCUCUUCAGGAUCCAUUACUUCAAACAAUAUUGAUGACUGAGCAGUUGUAAGACUAGGCCUACACCCUCAUCAUAACAACCAGACUACCAUGGAGACCCUGGAUAUCACCCUGACCAAGUGGUUUAAGGUGAAAGAAUACGACCAGAAGAGUGAGCAGCGGGCAGAGAAACACGAGGGACUCCGGGGACGUAACAACAUCACUUCCUGUCGGAGCCCAACCAGAGAACUGGACACACGGUGGAUCAAGAAGGAGCUGAGGCGGAAGAGACAGCAGGAAUUCGAUAUAAGACGAUCGGUCAGCCCAGAAAGGGCCAAAGACUCUGGAAAGGUCAAGGACGACAGUUGUGUCAUCUGUGACACAGCCAAGUCAGAGACGGUGGGGGCUAAGGUCAGUGUGACCCCUAAGUCAAAUCUGCAUGGGUCACAAAGGGUGAAAGACUCUGCAAAGGUCAAGGAUGACAGUUGUGUCAUCUGUGACGAAGCGAAGACAGAGUCUUUGCAGUGUAACAUCAAUUGGCCUAUGCCCCCUAGGCGUAUGUCCAAUGGACGGCCAUUGAUAAUGGCUCGAAGAAUAAAGACAUCCAAAGAUGACCUGGACAACAGUGAAUGGGCCUCAAUAUGGAAAAAUGAGAAGAGCAGUACUAGAACACUAGAGGCAGUUUCCUCCACCUUCACCACCUCCACCCCAACCUUCACCACCUCCACCCCAACCAUCUGCACCUCGACCAGAGAACCACCCACCUCACCCUACCUCCACCCUGAAGACGUCCACCCCGAGCAGAAGAACUAGUCCAGACCAGGUUAAAAGCCUCCACAAAAACAACCACCCACACUCCACCCUACCUCCACCCCUACCUCCACUCCUACCUCCACCCUGAA